CGAUUGCCGGAAACACGUCCAUUCCUUGUGCUGCGAUAAGGGCACACAUAACCCGUUCCGCAAAGAGCAGGUGCAAUCGCGCCAACAAUGACUUCGUGUAACAACUCGUUCUUUGUUGCACCACAGUAUCACGAGCUGACAGUUGCGCGAAUCAACGAUGCCCAAAGUCCACAAAUUGUAGAUAAAUUGAAUGAUACGCAUCGUCGCCUGGUAGUUGUUCCCACGAAACGUGCAGAAGACGAGUCUAAAUCACAACAUCACCCUCCAAAACGCUCGAAUCAAACCAGUCAACAUUGCACUCACUGAGUUAUAAGGGGGAGGCUUUCUCCACAAUCUUAUCCGAAAUG